AUGGCUUCCAGACCAAAUAGGAUCCGGCCGAUCCGAAGGCCGAUUAUGAGCAAGGACAACGACGAGUAUACGCAGUGCUUAGAGGUUCUGAAAGAGGCUCUCACCGACAUUCACAAUAAGAACGCGACCCAACUCUCCUUCGAGAAUUUAUAUCGAGCCUCGUACAAGAUCGUCCUGAGGAAGAAAGGGGAGCUUCUUUACAAUAGCGUCAAGACAUUCGAAGAACAAUGGUUUCGGCACCAUGUUCUACCACCUAUCGCCGAGCUCGUUUCGGGAAACCUAAUCAGCAUUGCUCUGCUACAGAUGCCGGGGUCGAGCGCACACGAACGACGGCAAACGGGCGAACGGUUUUUGAGGGGAAUACGCGACACAUGGGAGGAUCAUAAUACGUCCAUGAACAUGGUCGCUGACAUUCUUAUGUACCUUGAGCGGACCUAUGUCUCUGAGUCCAGGCGGCCCUCCAUCUUCGCAGCGACCAUAGGGCUGUUCAGGGACCACAUUCUGCGCAACAGCCUGGGCGAAGCUUCAGAGCAGCUAGACCAGCCUUUUAUGAUCUUCGACAUUUUGAACGCUGUUGUGUUGGAUUUGGUCAAUAUGGAAAGAGACGGUGACAUUAUCGAUCGGAAUCUCCUUCGGCAAAUCACAUCCAUGCUGGAAGCUUUGUAUGAGACGGACGAGGAGCUGGAAAAUGCGAAGCUCUACUUGACCGUUUUCGAGCCCCGGUUUCUCAACGCAAGUAAAAUUUUCUACAAGAACGAGUGCGAGAAGCUCCUCCGCGAGGGCGAUGCCAGCUCGUGGCUUCGUCACACCCAACGCCGACUUCAUGAAGAGCAAGAUCGCUGCGACACCUCACUCUCUAUUCUCACGACAGACAAGAUUGCCUCGGUGGUGGAGCAAGAGCUCAUCGUCGCGAAAUUGAAUGAUUUUCUUGCCAUGGAGGGAAGCGGUAUGAAGGUCAUGAUUGACAACGACCGCCACGAGGAUCUUUCCAUCCUCUACCAGCUCAUCUGCAGGGUCGACAAGACCAAAAGCGCGUUGAAGGCGAUCCUUCAAAGCCGGGUAAUGGAGCUGGGCCUCGAAAUUGAACAAUCACUUAAAAACACGGACUUCUCUGUCGCUGUGCCCGGUGCCGAGACGGAGGAUGCAGCCGAGGGCGAGGAAAAGACGAAAGCACAGCCCCUGAGUGCUGCAGCCCAGCAAACGGCAGCGGCAAUCAGGUGGGUCGACGAAGUCUUGCGACUCAAGGAUAAGUUUGACAACCUCUCAAAAGUCUGCUUUAGCGAGGAUCUUGUCCUUCAGUCCGCCGUCACCAAGAGCUUUUCCGAGUUCAUCAACAUGUUCACCAGGAGUUCGGAAUUCGUGUCCCUUUUUAUCGACGACAGUCUCAAGCGGGGUCUGAAAGGCAAGGCGGGCGAGAAUAUAGAGGCUGUCCUGGAAAAGGCGAUCGUUCUUAUCCGGUACUUGGCGGAUCGUGACCUAUUCGAACGGUAUCACCAGAAGCACCUUGCACGGAGGCUGCUCCACAACAAAUCCGAGAUGCAUAUCGAGAAGGAACUUGUCCGCAGGAUGAGGGGCGAGUUGGGCAAUCACUUUACUCUGAAGUUUGAGGGCAUGUUCAAGGACAUGGAGUUGUCAAAGGACCUGUUGGAAAACUACCGCGACCACGCCCGCACCGUUGGCGGCGCUGAUACCAAAAAGACGGACCUCGGAAUCCACGUGCUCACAACAAAUAACUGGCCGCCAGAGGUCAUGGGCCGCGGUGGUGCCCAGGAAGACGGCGCUAGGGGAGACUGCAUCUUCCCCCCGGCCAUCGAGCGCCUCCAGGAGAGCUUUUCCCAUUACUAUCUGAAGGACCGCAAUGGCCGAGUGCUCACAUGGAUUGCUUCUGCCGGCACUGCCGACAUCAAAUGCGUGUUCCCUAAAGUACCUGGGAAGACCAGCGGCCCGCUCAGUAAGGACCGUCGCUACGAGCUUAGCGUCUCGACUUACGGUAUGAUCGUACUUGACCUUUUCAACGACAUAGGCGACGACGGCCUAUCUUUCGAGGACAUCCAGGCGAAAACGAACAUCCCCACGCAAGAUCUCAUACGCACGCUAGGCUCACUCUCUAUCCCGCCUAGAUCGAGGGUGCUUACCAAGGAGCCCAUGUCCAAGAACGUCAAGACGACGGACAAGUUCGCAUUCAACGCCCAGUUUGUCAGCAAGACGAUCAAGAUAAAGGCACCUGUCAUCAGCAGCACAUCCAAGGUAGAGGAUAGCGACCAACGAAAAGAGACGGAGCGGAAGAACGACCAGACCAGAGCACACGUAGUAGACGCUGCGAUUCUCACCACCGAGGUCAUUAGCCAACUGGCGGGACGGUUCAAGCCUGAGAUCUCGAUGAUCAAAAAGCGGAUUGAAGAUCUAUUGACGAGGGAGUACCUCGAACGGAUCGAUGGCGACGUUGCCGCAUACCGGUACUUGGCGUGA